AAUAAUAAUAAUAAUAAUAAUAAUAAUAAUAAUAAUAAUAAUAAUAAUAAUAAUAAUAAUAAUAAUAAUAAUAAUAAUAAUAAUAAUAAUAAUAAUAAUAAUAAUAAUAAUAAUAAUAAUAAUAAUAAUAAUAAUAAUGAUAAUAAUGAUCGUUCGAGCUCUAAUAGUUCUAAACGUCGCGGUGGGGGUGUCUUACUCGCCGUUCGCUCGUGCUAUAAAAGCCGUUUAAUUGUUCCUCCUGAAUCAUCGGGUGUCGAACACGUAUGGGUUGCAAUCAGUUUACGCACCUGUAAACUCUUCAUCUGCGUCAUCUACAUUCCGCCUGACCGUACCAAUGACAUUCAAUUUAUAAAUGAACACUUGCAAUCCAUGUCUUGGAUCGUCUCUCAAAUGCUAACAACCGAUAACAUCGUGAUUGUAGGCGACUUCAAUUUCAGUGGAAUACUAUGGCAAUCCCAUUCAUCUCGCUACCUGUUCCCCGAUGUUAGUCGUUCAUCUAUUGGAGCGUUGGCUACUCAGCUGUUGGACGAUAAUAGUAAUAGUAACAGUAAUAGUAACAGUAAUAGUAACAGUAAUAGUAACAGUAAUAGUAACAGUAAUAGUAACAGUAAUAGUAACAGUAAUAGCAACAGUAAUAGCAACAGUAAUAGCAACAGUAAUAGCAACAGUAAUAGCAACAGUAAUAGCAACAGUAAUAGCAACAGUAAUAGCAACAGUAAUAGCAACAGUAAUAGCAACAGUAAUAGCAACAGUAAUAGCAACAGUAAUAGCAACAGUAAUAGCAACAGUAAUAGCAAUACAAUAGCAAGUAAUAGCAACAGUAAUAGCAACAGUAAUAGCAACAGUAAUAGCAACAGUAAUAGCAACAGUAAUAGCAACAGUAAUAGCAACAGUAAUAGCAACAGUAAUAGCAACAGUAAUAGCAACAGUAAUAGCAACAGUAAUAGCAACAGUAAUAGCAACAGUAAUAGUAACAGUAAUAGUAACAGUAAUAGUAACAGUAAUAGUAACAGUAAUAGUAACAGUAAUAGUAACAGUAAUAGUAACAGUAAUAGUAACAGUAAUAGUAACAGUAAUAGUAACAGUAAUAGUAACAGUAAUAGUAACAGUAAUAGUAACAGUAAUAGUAACAGUAAUAGUAACAGUAAUAGUAACAGUAAUAGUAACAGUAAUAGUAACAGUAAUAGUAACAGUAAUAGUAACAGUAAUAGUAACAGUAAUAGUAACAGUAAUAGUAACAGUAAUAGUAACAGUAAUAGUAACAGUAAUAGUAACAGUAAUAGUAACAGUAAUAGUAACAGUAAUAGUAACAGUAAUAGUAACAGUAAUAGUAACAGUAAUAGUAACAGUAAUAGUAACAGUAAUAGUAACAGUAAUAGUAACAGUAAUAGUAACAGUAAUAGUAACAGUAAUAGUAACAGUAAUAGUAACAGUAAUAGUAAUAGUAAUACCGCUCAAUCAACGCCUCUUGGUCCCUUUUAG